AUGAUUUGGUCUGCUCGCACUCUCGUCGCCUUUGCGGCACUCGGGGAGGCAGUGCCCCAGUUCGGCGGAGGUGGUGGCUCAACGAUGUUGCGAUUUGGAUGCUCCCAGGUCGUUAUUGACCGCAUCGACCCUCUGGUCAACCCCGACUUACUCCCGUCCCCCCACAUGCAUCAGGUUAUAGGAGGGGAUAGUUUUAAUGUUUCCAUGCCUAGUGCUGAUAUUGGCAAUCUUGCUUCUUGCACCACCUGCAAUUUCGCCGACGAUUUUUCCAACUAUUGGACGGCCAACCUGUACUUCAAGGCUCGUAACGGCAGUUAUAAGCGCGUUCCUCAAAUUCCUAAUAGAUUGCUCUUCAACGAUAAGUUCACUACCCAAACCUCAGGCGGUUUCGUUGUCUACUAUGUCUCGCCCGGCAAGGGCAAGGUUACCGCCUUUAAGCCUGGCUUCCGCAUGCUAGUUGGUGAUGCUACCCAGCGGGCAAAGAAGGGCAGCGGAAUGAAGUCGCAGACGUGUUUCCGUUGUUUCUCAGGCCCAAACUUUGGAGGUGACAAUGCUAGUCCUUGUGCCGACGCCAAGUUGGAUACCGAGACUCUCCCCGCGGGACAAUGCUUGGGUGGCAUCCGAUCUAACAUCCUGUAUCCGACUUGUUGGGACGGCAAGAACCUUGACAGUCCCGACCACAAGUCUCACGUUGCAUAUCCUUCUUCUGGACCAGCCACGUUCACCGGCUCUAGUACAGGUGGUGACUGCCCAGCGAGUCAUCCGGUUAAGAUCCCGCAAAUCAUGCUAGAGAUCGUUUGGGACACGAAGGCAUUUAACAACAAGGCCGAUUGGCCCGCGGAUGGGUCUCAACCUUUUGUCCUAAGCACCGGAGACCCAACCGGAUAUAGCCAGCACGGCGAUUACGUCUUCGGAUGGAAGGGUGAUUCCCUCCAGAAGGCUAUGGAUGGCGGCCCAUGCACGGGUGCUUCCUGUGCGAACCUCAAGACACAGGUUAUCGAUGGGGCCAAUAAGUGCAAAGUGCCGAAGCGCUUCCCUGAGAACUACGACGGAUGGAUCGAUAGGCUCCCAGGAAUGUAA